AAUUCCGACCCCCACCACUACUUCCAAUAAAAGUUGCCAAUCUUGAUGAUUUCAUGAAUUUUAACUUUAUAUUAUACACACACUUUCUCUAUCCUAAGCCAUCUCUCCAUCAUUCAUAUUCAUACUAUAAAACUAAACUUUUUUUUUUUCUUUUUCCAUUCCCAAAAAAUUCCCCAAAACCAUAUGUUAUUUAAAUAAUUCUCUUUAAAUUCUAUAGUCCAUAAUCACUUUCAAAUAAUCAAGAUUCUUGGUACUACUUCUCAACUAUGGGUGAUGACAAAACUGAAAAGGUUGAUCUUCAAUGUUCAAGUUGCUACAAGGAAGUCCCUCGAGGGGGAGUGAUCAAGAGCAUUAAAGAGCCUGAAAAGCCCGAAGUUAUUGAAAAAUCGAAGGAGCCUGAAAAGACCAAAGCGAUCCCACCUGAAAAGCCUAAAGAAUCCGAGAAGCCGCCUGAAAAGCCUGAAGUGUUCUGUAAGAAAACGCGUUCCGUGAGGCCUAGAGAGCUCAACAAACCUAAACAACCACUGCCGCAACCACAGCCACAAUUGCCACUAGCUCUAGAGGCAGUGAUCCCGAUGCCAGUUCAAGAAUAUCCACGCCAACCAGCACCGACUGUACGAACGACCGGUCCAACCACCUCCACCGGUCCCAUGCCAACUGUACGGACGACCGGUCCAACCACCUCCACCGGUCCCAUGCCAACUGUACGGACGACCGGUCCAACCACCUCCACCGGCCCCAUGCCAUGAUACAUAUUCGUAUGGAUAUGGGCUCGGGCCCAAUGGACUCCUAAAAGGUUAUUAUGUGAACAAAUGUGAUUACUUUAGUGAAGAAAAUGCAUCUGGAUGCUCAAUUGUGGGACCAUGUUGGAGUGCGUAAUAGAAUUAUUAUUAAAUAUUAUUAUUCAACUUUA